AUGACUCCUUGCAACAAGAACUUCAUAAUUGCAUAUGCAAUUAUGAAGGAUGAGACUGAAGGGAGCUACAGAUGGGUAUUGGAGAGACUGAGGUGUUUGAUUGGGGAACAUAUUCAUCCGAGCGCUAUUCUUACUGAUCGAGAAUUGGGGCUUAUGAGACCAGUGUCAGAGGUUUUCCCACGUUCUUCUCAUCUACUAUGUACGUGGCACAUAAAUAAGGACGUAGAAGAUAGAGUGUACAGAAUUAGUGGGAAAAACCAAGAGUUUGCUGAAAUUUUCAAGAAUAGUACAUGGAAGAAAAUUAUCGGAGCGCCAACUUUUGAUCAAUAUAACAUAGCUGUGGAGCACUUCAGAGAUCAGUUUAAAGGUUUUCCACGGUUGAUACAGUACAUUGAGGGGACUUGGCUGGGACACAGAGAGAAGUUCGUAUCUUGCUGGACGGACUUAGUCCUACAUUUUGGAAACACCACCACAUGUAGAGUCGAGAGCGCACAUGCUCAGCUUAAGCAGUGGCUCAACUCUAGCACCGGUGCUCUGGACACAGUCUGGACGAAGGUCGACAAAGUUAUACAGUCGCAGCUGACAGAUAUCCGCAAAACACUUGAGGACUCCAGACGGACUAUUGGCGUACAUCGACGCGGUUUUCCAUUUGACAAGCUCUCAUGCAGAGUGUCGCAUUACUGUCUGGAUUUAAUAUCGAAAGAACUAAGGCGUAUGCGAGAAUUGAGUACCGAUGUCUACGAUCGCUGUGGUUGUGUGGUUAGAUCAACACAUCAGAUCCCCUGUGCAUGUGAGCUGCGAGCGGUGGUCGAUUCAGGUAUCACGCACCACUUUCAUUGA